AUGUGUGAGGAUGACUCUGACCAGGAGCCUGUCGAUAUCAUCGGGGAUAGCGACGAUGACACAGGUGCCAAUCCACAUGCGCAGCAUGGGCCUUCAAGUUCUGCUUCUCAACAGUACCCUCUACACUUCUCCACACUAAACUUGGAGGUUCUUGGUCAACAGAAGGACGGUGAUAACACGGUCGGGGGCUCUUCUACAGAAUUUCAGAUUAGGCAAUCUUUCGAAAAUAAAGAUGAGGCUGUGCUGAGUGUGAAGGACUAUAGCAUCCGGCGAUGUGUUGAGUACAGAGUCAUCAAAUCAGAUCAUCUGAAGUAUCAUGGAAAAUGCAAGCAAUUCGGCAAGGGUUGUACUUGGUUGAUUCACGUUGCGCUGCGUGCACGAAAGGGCACUUGGGAGGUUAGGAAGUACAACGGGCCACACACAUGCUUGGCAACCUCUAUUUCCAGUGAUCACCGUCAGCUGGAUUACCACGUUAUCUGUGCAAGGAUUCUUCCGUUGGUUAGGGCAGAUGCUGCAGUUACGGUAAAGGUACUGCAACAAGCUACAGAAGCCGAUUAUGGUUUCAGGCCUAGUUACAGAAAGGUUUGGAUGGCGAAGCAGAAGGCAGUGGCACAAAUAUAUGGAGAUUGGGAAGAGUCGUACGCGGAGUUGCCACGUUGGAUGCUAGGAGUACAGUCAACAAUGGCCGGAACAAUAACCGUGUUGAAGACCUCUCCUGUUCGGCUUCGUGGUGAGGUUGAUGAGUCGACGGUAUACUUUCACCGAUUAUUCUGGACAUUCCCACCCUGUAUCGAGGCAUUCCGUCAUUGCAAGUCCCUCGUCAGUAUUGACGGUACCCACUUGUAUGGCAAGUAUGGAGGGACACUGCUAUUGGCGAUAGCGCAGGAUGGGAACUCCAACAUCCUCCCCAUUGCAUUCACCCUUGUGGAAGGAGAAAAUGCAGAGACGUGGUCAUUCUUCUUGUCCAACCUACGAGAGAAUGUAACUCCUCAGGAGGGUAUCCUUGUAAUCUCUGACAGGCAUAAUAACGGGAUCAAGGCAGCGCUUGAGGCACCUGAGACUGGGUGGCUGCCUCCACGUGCUUUCCGAGCGUACUGUAUUUGGCAUGUGACAGCGAAUUUUGCCCUAACUUUCAAAGGUAAAGAUUCAAGGAGGAUGUUAGUGAAUGCUGCCUACGCAAAGACUGAAGCAGAGUUUUAUUAUUGGUUUGACAUCAUAUGGACUGAGAAUCCAGCAAUGUGUGAAUGGGCCAAUCGGAUGGAAUACGACAAAUGGACCCAACAUGAGGAUAGUGGUAGACGGUUCGGGCACAUGACAACCAACAUCAGUGAAUGUGUGAACUCGGUGCUAAAGAGAACUCGAAACCUCCCGGUCACAUCAUUGGUUCAGUCAACUUACGGGAGGCUUGCUCAGUUUUUUGUGGUAUGGGGACAAACAGCAGAGGCACAACUCGGAUCCGGUAAUGAAUUUUGCCAGGCAUUGGCCAAGGCAAUUGAUCAGAAUCUAAGAGACUCAAGGUGCUUCACUGUCACGUUAUACGACAGGCAUCAAUCGGAGUACACCGUGGCCGAGACAACACCAACCGGGCACUUCUCGCUGGGUAGCUAUAGAGUUUCCCUUAAAGAUCACAGAUGCGACUGUGGCCAAUUUCCAGCGCUGCAUUAUCCUUGUUGCAACGCCAUUGCAUGUUGCGCCUACUCCCGCCUUAAUUGGGCAUCAUAUGUUCACAAGGUCUAUCGUAUGAGUGAAGUUUUCAACGUUUACAAGCAGGGUUUUGUUCCGCCUAUCCCGGAAGGCCUAUGGCCUCCAUAUGCUGGGCCAACCAUCAUUCCUGAUCCUAACAUGAGGCGUGCAAAGGAAGGUCAUCCAAGGGCAACCAGGAUCCGUGGUAGUAUGGAUCAGUCUCUCGAUAUCCAGCUGAAGCGUUGUGGUGAAGGAACUGUGACCAGCGAAGACAUACUACCGGGGGGGAUGCGUAGAUCUCAUUACCUUGUUGUUUUAGUUGUUUUAUUAACUGUUCAGUUGAGUUGUGUAUGGUUGGUUAAGUCUAUGAAUGUCACCAUGUUGAUUUUCUGCAUUAAUUUCAUAUGA